AUGAACUGGUUAAAGAUGCCAUCUGAUACGAUUAAUCCAUUUGAUAUGAACAAUUUAUGUAAUGAAUCGAAUAGAAUGGAUUUGAAAACAAUUUUAAGAGGUUACGGCUCUCUAUUUGAAUUAUUACCAGAAAAUCUUCGAAAUGACAGAGAUAUUGUUAAAUCUGCUUUGGUUUCUUCUGGUUUAGCCUUUAAUUUUGUGAGCAAAGAGAUUGCAGAGGACCGUGAGAUGGUAGAAUGGUAUUUCGAAAAUGGAAACACUGAUUUUAGAUAUAUUUCUGAUAAAUUUAGAAAGGACAAGGGAAUGAUAAUGAAAUAUUCCACUAAGUGGUCAGAUGCUGAUAUAUCCCUUUUACAAGACAAGGAAGUGGCAAUGCAUUACUGUAGAAAGAAUCAAAUUCCAAAUUAA